GCGCGCGGGGCAGCGGAUGAGGCGCGGCGGCUGCGGCCCAGGGCACCUCCCCCCGGCUUCCCGAACCCUGCCCCGUCCGACCCGAGGGGGAGGAUGCAAACAGCAGCCGCGCUCUGAGCCUCCCAGGAAGAUAACACCCUUCCCGCCAUUCCACCCUGCGCUCCCGCGGAAGCCCCCGGCUCGGCCCCUCCCAGUCUCUCAGAGCCGGGCCAGCGGAAAAGCGAGCGAUGGCAGAAAAUCUGAGGAAAAUAGUCUCCAACGAAUUUUUACGAUCACUGCCGGAGAAGCUCGACUCCUGGCUGAGGGAGUACAACGCAAACUCAUGUGACCAAAAUCUAAAUAUUUGCCUUGAACUCAUUGAGCAAGUUGCCAAGCUGCAGGGACAACUCUUUGGAAUCCUGUCUACAGCAGCCCAAGAGGGAGGACAUUAUGCUGGUGUGGAAAUAAUCAAAUCGCGCCUUUUGCCUUGGCUGGAGGCUUCUUUUACAGCUGCUUCCAUGGGAAAGCCUGUUGACAGCACAGUCCCCUCUCUACAGGACACAUUUGAUAAGGAGAGAAAUUCUCUUUUUCGGGAUCAGGACCUACAAUUAGAUUCUGAAUUGGGCUCAAUUCGUAAUCAACCCAAACAGGUUCAAGACGAUCUGACUGAAACUGAAAAGACUCUUGAAGAAACCAAGAACAGAUCGGCCAUAUCCCUUUUGGCUGCAGAGGAGGAAAUAAAUCAGCUAAGAAAGCAUCUUAAAUCUCUUCAAUCCCAAGAGGAGUCCCGCCACAGGAACUCAGACUACUACUCAGACUACCGGGAAUUACGGGGCUCAGAACCCCGAGGCUCAGAGCCACGGUCCAUAGACCUGAAGAACUUAGACAGACGGAGCACGGACCAGCGGAACCCAGAAGUGAUAUCUGACUAUGAGAAACAACUCCGAACGCUCAAGGAUGAGAUAGCUGUUCUGUCUGCUGAAAAGAAUGUGCUCCAAGGAAGGUCCCUAAGGAGCCGGUCUCCUAGCCCUGCCCCUCGAAGCCGGCCGGCCAGCCGGGCUGCCAGCCGGUCUGCCAGCCCCUCGACUGCAGUUGCAAAAAUUAGAACCCCGUCCCCGAAUCGCUCCAAGCUGUCCAGCGUGGCGCGCAAAGCUGCCCUCCUGUCCCGGUUCAGUGACGCCUAUUCCCAGGCCCGCCUGGAUGCACAGUGCCUGCUCCGGCGCUGCAUAGACAAAGCUGAGAUGGUGCAGCGGAUCGUAUACAUCGCCACGGUGGAGGCAUUCCAUGUAGCUAAAAUGGCAUUCAGACACUUCAAGAUCCGUGUGAGGAAAACGUUGACACCGUCUCACUCAGGGUCAAAUAACUUUGAAGAUGUGGUCUCGGAUUAUAUCAUUUGUCAUCUCGAUCUCUACGAUGCCCAAAGCAGUGUUAACGAUGUGAUCCGAGCCAUGAACGUCAACCCCAAGAUCUCGUUCCCUCCCGAAGUUGACUUUUGCCUCCUCAGUGACUUCAUCCAGGAGAUAUGCUGCAUUGCCUUUGCAAUGCAAACCUUAGACCCACCUCUAGAUAUUGCAUUUGGGGCUGAUGGAGAAAUUUUCAAUGAUUGCAAGUACCGUCGCAGCUAUGACUCCGAUUUCACCGCUCCCUUGGUCUUCUACCACGUGUGGCCUGCUCUCAUGGAGAAUGAUUGUGUCAUUAUGAAGGGAGAAGCUGUCACCAAGAGAGGGGCUUUUUGGAAUUCGGUGCGGCCUGUAACUCGAUGUCGAAGCCGGAGUUUAAGUCCUGUUUACCCUCGUAGCCGUAUUUGUUUAAGCACGGUACAUAUCUGUCUAAUCAUUUAUUACACAAAAUCAUCCUAUGGUUGGCGCUUUCUUUGUUUCAAAAUUCGCCUAUAAAAGAGGUGGUUACAAGUAUAUAGGUAGAAAGAGAACCUGUUGCAACAACACUAACCGCAAAUUAAUUUUUAUACUACUGUGGGCCAAGGGAAGCCCUGGUGGUGCAGUGGUUAAGAGCUGGGCUGCUAACCAAAAGGCUGGCAGUUUGAAUCCACCAUCUCCUCCUUGGAAACCCUAUGGGGCAGUUUUCUACUCUGUUCUAUAGGGUCACUAUGAGUGGGAAUCGAUUCUAUGGCAACAGGGUUUUUUUUUUGGUGGGCCAAGGAAUUCAUCAUUUCAGAAAGAAGGAAGCAUAGAUUCUUUUUUAAAUCUUACACUUUUAUUUACUUCAUAGUUUAAUUUUUAUCUUUCAAUGAAAACAGACUGCUAGAGAUCAG